AUGUUAAAAGCAUUAGCUCCUGGGCUGCUAUUGAUUCUUCUACUCCUGAUAUCAGUGUCUGCGAACGACAACGGAUUUUCUCGAUGUAAUUGUGAAGAUGAGGGCAGUUUAUGGAGCAUAGAGAGCAUUCUUGAGAGCCAAAGAGUGAGUGAUUUCUUGAUUGCUGUGGCCUAUUUUUCAAUCCCUAUCGAGCUGCUAUACUUCGUUAGCUGCUCAAAUGUCCCAUUCAAAUGGGUUCUCUUCGAGUUCAUUGCUUUCAUUGUUCUCUGUGGAUUGACCCAUUUGCUCAAUGGCAUGACCUAUGGCCCUCACACAUUUCAGCUCAUGCUUGCCCUCACCGUCUUCAAGAUUUUAACUGCUCUGGUUUCCUGUGCCACUGCUAUUACCCUUUUCACUCUCAUUCCUUUGCUUCUCAAAGUGAAGGUGAGAGAAUUCAUGUUGAAGAAGAAGGCAUGGGAUCUUGAUCGUGAAGUUUGGAUUAUAACGAAACAGAAAGAAGCUGGGUUGCAUGUUCGUAUGCUCACUCAAGAGAUCCGAAAAUCGCUUGAUAGACAUACAAUUCUGUAUACCACCCUUGUUGAGUUAUCGAAGACAUUGGGGUUGCAGAAUUGUGCUGUUUGGAUGCCUAAUGAGAUCAGAACUCAGAUGGAUUUGACCCAUGAGUUGAAUAGGGGUAAUUAUUUGAGUUCUGAUAAUCUUUCAAUUCCAAUAACUGAUCCUGAUGUUGUUAGGAUCAAACGAAGUGAAGCAGUAAACAUUCUUAGGCCUGACUCCGCACUUGCUGCUGCAAGCCAUGGGGAGUCUGGUGAGCCAGGUGGACAACCCAGAUCCUGGACAAACCAGGAAGUAGAGAUAAUUAAGGUGGUAGCUGAUCAGGUGGCUGUGGCUCUCUCCCAUGCUGCAGUUCUUGAAGACUCCCAGCUCAUGAGGGAGAAGUUGGAGGAGCAAAACCGAGCUUUGCAGCAGGCCAAAAUGAACGCAAUGAUGGCAAGCAAAGCUAGGGGUGCAUUUCAGAAGGUAAUGAGUGAUGGGAUGAAGAGGCCAAUGCACUCGGUCUUAGGUUUAAUUUCAAUGAUACAGGAUGGGAAUUUGAGUGGUGAGCAACGAAUUAUUGUUGAUGCGAUGAUGAGGACUAGCAAUGUCCUAUCGACUUUGAUAAAUGAUGUGAUUGAAAUUUCAACUAAGGAUAGUGGAAGAUUUCCUUUGGAGAUCAGAUCUUUUGGGUUACAUGCCAUGAUCAAAGAAGCUGCUUGCCUUGCCAAAUGCUUGUGUGUUUAUAGGGGCUUUGGUUUUUCAAUUGAGGUGGACAAGUCCUUGCCGGAUCAUGUUAUGGGUGAUGAAAGGAGGGUCUUUCAGGUGAUUUUGCAUAUGGUAGGGAACCUACUUGAUCGCAACAAUGGAGGAGGGUCUGCAGUGCUUCGGGUUUUCUCUGAGAAUGGAAGUCAGGAGAGGAGUGAUCAGAGAUGGACAACCAGGAGACAAAGCUUGUCUGAUGGGGAUGUAUAUAUCAGAUUCGAAAUUGCAAUAAACAACAGUGGUUCUGAAUCAGAGGGCUCAACUUCAAUGUCACAACUCAGUGGUAAGAGGUAUGCUAGUGAUGGAGUUGAGGAGGGCUUGAGCUUCAGCAUUUGCAAAAAGCUGGUCCAUUUGAUGCAAGGUAAGAUCUGGAUGGUCCCCAAUUCUCAAGGUUUUGCUGAAAGCAUGGGGUUUGUUCUUCGGUUUCAGCUUCGGCCAUCCAUUGCAAUAGCCAUCUCUGAAUCUGGAGAAUCUUCAGAUCACCCCCAUUCCAAUUCUCUUUUCAGAGGCUUGCAAGUUCUAUUGGCUGAUGCUGAUGAUUUGAACAGAGCUGUAACUCGGAAGCUGCUUGAGAAGCUAGGUUGUACUGUUGCUACUGUCUCAUCUGGGUUUGAAUGCCUUAGUGCUAUUGGUCCAGCUGCAUCUUCUUUCCAAAUAGUUCUUUUGGAUCUUCAGAUGCCUGAGUUGGAUGGAUUUGAAGUUGCCGCAAGAAUCCGGAAGUUUAGAAGUCGAAGUUGGCCUUUGAUAAUUGCCUGUACAGCAAGUUCUGACGAUGAUGUGUGGGACAAAUGCUUGCAGAUUGGAAUCAAUGGAGUCAUUCGGAAACCAGUUGUUCUACAAGGAAUUGCCAAUGAGCUUCGAAGAGUCAUCCUGGCAAACAAAGUUGUUUGA